GUUGAUUGCAGAUUGAGAUGAUCCUUAGAUAAGAUCGGGCCGUGCGAUGUCAUUUGGCCUAGCAUGCCGAGAGGAUCCGCCGUUUUUUCCGGCGCCUCGUGCGGCAUCUCAGUCUUCUUCCAUCAUUCUCUCUUUUCUCUUCCUCCCUCCGCCAGGUUUUCCGCAUCCAGCCUCUCCCCAUUGCACUGUUCUUUAUUUAGUCAAGAUGUUCGGCACCAGGACAGUUCAGCCCGCGAAGUCGCUGUUCCGACGCGCUGCUGCUCAACCUUCCAUCGUCCGCUCCCCCAUUGCGGCAAGAUCUUUUGCGACAGUUCAGCAGGAUAUCUUCAAGCCAACGAAGUAUGGUGGCAAAUACACUGUGACUCUUAUCCCAGGUGACGGUAUCGGUGCCGAAGUUGCGGAGUCAGUUAAGACUAUCUUCAAAGCCGACAAUGUACCCAUUGAGUGGGAGCAGGUUGAUGUCAGUGGCGUAGACACCGGCAACAAGCACUCUGAGGAACUCUUCAAGGAAUCAAUUGCUUCUCUUCGACGAAACAAGCUUGGCCUGAAGGGUAUUCUCUUUACCCCAGUUGAGCGGUCUGGCCACCAGUCCUUCAACGUCGCUCUUCGACAGGAACUCGAUAUCUUCGCUUCUGUCGUGCUCAUCAAGAACAUCCCCGGCUAUAAGACUCGCCAUGACAAUGUUGACCUCUGCAUCAUCCGUGAGAACACAGAGGGUGAAUACUCUGGUCUUGAGCACCAGUCUGUGCAAGGAGUCGUCGAGUCACUUAAGAUUAUCACUCGCGCCAAGUCCGAGCGUAUCGCUAAGUUUGCAUUCAGCUUUGCGCUUGCCAACAACAGGAAGAAGGUCACUUGCAUCCACAAAGCUAAUAUCAUGAAGCUUGCGGACGGUUUGUUCCGCAGCACUUUCCACAAGACUGCCGAAAACUACCCAACCCUGGAGGUUAACGAUAUGAUUGUCGACAACGCUUCUAUGCAGGCUGUCUCUCGUCCUCAGCAGUUUGAUGUGAUGGUUAUGCCCAACCUGUACGGUGGUAUUCUUUCCAACAUUGGCGCUGCCCUCGUUGGUGGACCCGGUGUUGUUCCCGGGUGCAACAUGGGACGAGAUGUUGCUGUCUUCGAGCCUGGCUGCCGUCACGUUGGUCUCGAUAUCAAAGGCAAGGAUCAGGCCAACCCCAGCGCUAUGAUUUUGUCUGGUUCGAUGCUUCUCCGCCAUCUCGGACUCGACGACCAUGCAAACCGUAUUUCCAAGGCUGUCUAUGACGUGAUUGGUGAAGGUAAAACGCGGACUCGUGACAUGGGCGGACAAGCCACCACUCAUGAGUUCACUCGUGCCGUUCUUGACAAGAUGGAGGCUGCUCUGUAAACCAUCGUUAAGGGAACUCGUUGAUACUAUUAUUGCGACUGAUUUGACAGCAGGACCUGCAACAGGCUGUGUGAUGGGUUUGGAAGUCCCUCUGGCUUCUUGGUUUUGUUCUCCGUAACCUGUGUAUCACUUCUAUCCUACCAUAAAUGAUAGUGGAGACGCCAUGUGCGAUUGUUGUGAUAGAUAGGCUGAUUACGACGUGUACAGAUAUAUACAUGUGGUUUAAAUA